GAGAGCAUCCCCCCCGUUAGACGGGGAGUUGCUAUGGAGGCUAGGUGCUACACUAACUGGCAAAAAAAAGAAGAAGAAGAGAGAAACGAAGCAGCUGGAUUGAGAGCAGGGGCGUGCGCGGACACUGAUUGGUUUGUCGUGCUGAUCGAAAAAUAAAUGUUGAAGCCAGGGGUCUUUGUGUAACCGCUCGCGUUUCUUGGAGGGGGGGACGGGGAGUUGGGUUCGAGGGGAAUGGAAAGCGAAUUCUGCCGGGGAAGAUGCGGGACUGGACGGCAGCUGGCUGGCACAGCGGAGCUGUGAAUGCAUUGAUAUAGGAUGCUGCGGCGUGGCGAGGGCGCCCUCUUGUGGCUGGGAAGUGUGCCCUGAUACCCUCCCCUUCCCCUCGGUACCAUGACCUCCACCCUGCAGACGCUACACUUCAAGCUGCCCCCUCCAGGGGACGGCAGCCUGGAGCACCUCUACGACUGCGACCAGGAGAUCGAGAGGCGCUACGAGAUUGUCCCUUCUGUGGUCUGUGCCAUGUGCUGCCUCUUUGGGAUCAUCUACUGCUUCUUUGGUUACCGCUGCUUCAAAGCCGUUAUGUUCCUGACUGGGCUGAUGUUUGGCUCCAUCAUUAUCUUCAUGCUGUGCUACAAGGAGAGGGUCCUGGACACGCAGCUGAGCGUGGAAGCCAGCGUGGGCAUUGGCCUUGGCAUCGGGGUGCUGUGCGGCCUGGUCACCAUGCUGGUGCGCAGUGUGGGCCUCUUCAUGGUAGGCCUGCUGUUGGGCCUGCUGGUCGCCGUGGCGACCCUGGUGGUGAUGGAGCAGUUCUACCACCCUCCCACUGUGUGGAUCCCUCUCGGCCUCCUCCUGGGCACUGGCAUGCUGUUUGCCGUGCUCACCCUGCAGUGGCAGCGCUGCUUCACCACGCUGUCCACCGCCGUGUUCGGCAGCGCGGUGAUCACCGUCACCGUGGACUACUUCAUCGAGCUCUUCCUGCUGGUGCGGUACGUUUACGAGCGGAUAAAGGUGGCGCCGGCCCGGCCCGUGUGCUGGUUCAGCUGGGUGAUCCUGGGCGUGUGGCCCGUUUUGACGCUUCUGGGGGUCCUGGUCCAGUGGAAAGUGACGGCGGAGGGCUACUCCCACACCGAAGUGAUCAUCAGUCGGCAGCAGCGCCGAGUGCAGCUGAUGCGGAUCCGGCAGAAGGAGGAGCGCAAGGACCGCAAGAAGAAGAAGAAGCAGCAGCAGCAGCAGCAGCUGCAACAGCAACAGCAGCAGCAGCACCAUCAUCACCAUCACCAGCAUCCCACCAAGCCCCUGCACCCGGAACCGGCUUACCGCCGCAAGCCCAACCCAAUCCGUCGAUUUGAUGGCGAUGUGCUGUCACCGAGCUACAUCCAGAGCUUCCGGGACAGGCAGACCGGGUAUCCCCAGAGGGGCUUGGGCAGUGGUGCCCAUACCAUCGUGGACCUCGAUUACGACUGUGGCUCCACGGUCCCUCUCACUGCAGGCGCAGGGCCGGCUGUCCGUGUCUAGUCCUAUCCUUGAAGUCCAGUCCGGCCUGCGCUAAAAGAGGUUCCGCUCUCCAAGGGCUGGCCUGCUUUGCACUAUUUCUUUCUUCCUUCCAGACUCCGGCCAUUUCCUUUUUCUCGAGGAUCUGAGGAUGCGUUAUAAAAUCUUAACCGGGUCUUUUAAUGGAGUGGCCUGUUAUUUCCAGCUGCUUCUUCUUGUACCGGGGGGUCAGAAGGAAGACCCUCUGUCAAUUUACAAAGUCAGGUGAUGCUCACAAAGCAUUACAGAAAUCCCUUCAAGCCAUUGGCCCCUAUUGUAAUGUUUUUACUACAUGACAUUUUCUAGGGCCUACCUGAAAAAAAAAAAUAUUUGUCCUUCUCUAAGAUUUAUUUUAAGGACCUGUACCUAAAUUAAAAUAUUACUUUGUCUUCAAAAUCCUACACGAGAAUCCAAAAUUCAAGUGUAUCAAAAAAGUAUAAAAUUCUUCCGCUUCCCUUUGAAUCUUAGUUUAAGGAUUCCUUUAUAAUGUUUUAUGUACAUACAAGUGUGGAGUUGUAUUCACAGUUCAAUGUCAUGGACUACCUUAUUAACUUGAUUUAGUAGCACAUAAAUACAUUGUGAACUCAUACUGUAACAUGACACAGGUUAUUUGCAAUCAUAUUCAUGAGGAAAAUGAUCUCAUAUGAUUGUUUCUAAGUUGUUAUGCGUUUAUGAGAUAUUGUUAUUAAUUCUAUUACUAAUACCCUGCAUUCAUAUAGGAUUUUUCAAGUUACAGAAACUCCCAAAUCUUCACAGGUAGGCAGAGACUCAAGAGUCACUGCCAAAAACUCACUACACAGCAGCUAUUGUAGGUAGAGAUAUUAGGUUUCAGUUAAAUUAAUCUAAAGAUUUAUUAGAUUUAGUUUUCAGGUCUCUAAAGAACAUCAUAGUUCUUGAGUUUUGUUUGUUUUUAUAACUCAGAAAUGAUAUUUUUACAAGAGCAGGAAACACCACAGUGCCAUUCAGAAAAAUAUGCAUUAAAGCCUGUUUUGCACAAGAUACGUCUUUGAUGACUUAAAUUUUUGGCAGGUUAUGGGUCCACUUUUUUAUACUUUUUACAAGAUUAACGAGUCUAGGGGGACAUUUUUUCUUCUUAUGAUUGUAUUUUCCGUGACUUGUUCUGCGGAGUAGAAUCAACCCGCUAUGUGUUCAGUAAAAAGUAUGACUAUGAAAUCUGAUCAGGCAGUUGUAAGGGCAGCAGUCGAAGAGCAGGACGGGUCCAUUUAAUAGCAAGCUUCUUUACUGUGGGUCUAGAUGCUGUAUUGGAAGAAUGCAGUAAGCAACCAUUUGAGAAGCCGAGACUAUAGAGGAAAAAAAAUUAUUGAUUAAAAUGUGAACGGCCGAUGACUUUCAGCUUUGUGGUAUUCAGUCUCUAAAAUUCAGAAGAAGAGCCUAGAAUGGUCAGCGUGAGCGUGAGCAAAAGUAUUUCCAAACGGAGUUUAUAGAUCAAGACACUCUUGUCUGCAUACACUUAAUAGCCAAUGAAGACCCUUGACUGUGGGUCUUUAUACAAUUUUCAUUCCGAAUAUUAUGUUUUAUGAGGGAUCCUUAAACUAAAGGGGAAUGCAUUUCCAAAAAGGCAAUUUAAUUGAAUUCCACCGAUCCAAUGAAUUACAAUUAUCAAGGACACAGCAAAAGUGAGAAUGAACUGUACAAAGUCAAUAUCUUGUGUCAUGAGUUGUUUUUUUUUCUGUACAAAAUUAUGCAACCUGCAAAUUCAUAUAGCCAGUAAUAUUAAGUUGAAGAAAAUGGACACAUUGGUUGGAGAACACGUACAGUACUGCUAGAAGAAUGCAAGAUUUAUCAUUUGCAAGCACUGUUAUACAGGGCUUUUGAGAAUAUUAGACUACAUGGUUAUCAUUCAUUAGUGCAGUACCCCCAUCCCAAAACUAAGCAGUUUUGCAAUGCAUUCUGUUGUUUAUCAUGUCCUGUUUCUUUUGAAGAUAAACUAGUUUUCCAUGACAUACAGAAUCUUUCUAUUUUAGUGUGCUCGUUAACAACAUUUAGAUAGUGUAGAAAGUGUACAUCACCUUCUCCCAUCAUAUUUAUUGAGCCAUUUUUUACAAGGAGAUUCUUUUAAAGAUAUUUAUAUUUGUAAAAAAGUACCAUCCUUUGUAAGAAGAUCUCCAUAGUUUCAGGCCUUAUCAUACCAUAGUGUUUGUCUCCUCUUGCCACAGGAGAAAGAAUUUUCUAAUGAACUGCAGACCUCAGAACAACUCUUUUAGGUACAGUAGGUCACUUUUUAGAGAACUUAAAGUCACGUGAUGCUCAGCUUUGAGACUCAGCGUUAUUAUGGUAAUUAUUAUUACUGUUAGGAGUUGGACAUUCAAAUCUCAGGAAAAUCAAAUCGUUUCUGUAAAUGAUUUAAUUUAUUACUGUGCUUGUUCCUGUUAUUCAGCCCUUGGAUAUCUUUCAAAAGCAGCCCUAAAAUCAGCGAAUGAUUGUAAAGUACAAUCCCGACCACCCAGUUUAUGUGCUGCAAAAUUAACAGACCUUUCUGUUGUGAGGUGUAACCCAUAAAUUUCUAAGUCCUGGUUUCAGCUUUCCAAUGGGGAGGAUAAAAACUAAUACGGUAUAUCCUCACUGGCCAGAAAACUACAGUAGAAACACCCACCAACUAAUUAUAUUGGGCCUCUUUGAAUAGCAUACACACAUUAAACAUGAUGUGGAUCUAUUCAAUUUGAUGUAUUUAGCAACUUAAUCCCAAUUCUUUCUCUUGGCAGGAUCCUUCACUUGAAGGUGUGAUGAGGGCCAUAUUGUGUGAAAUUGAACUGCCUGUCUUGCUUGUUCUGCUAGUUUUCUGCAGGAUUGAAAUCUGGUGAUUGUUCUGGCUCGAGAGAAAUGAUGAUGGAAGUUUGUGUCUUGUUCCUCAAGCCAGCCAGCCAUUGCCUGCCUCUGACAGCCUAUUUACCUGACAGUCAUUAUCAGUUAUUUAUCCACGUCAACAUACUGUACAUCACAACAGCCAGGUCAUGCUUUACACUACAUAUUUUACAGCCCCCAUGGGAAAUAUUACAUUCUGUCUGAUGCUGCUGCUUCAUGGAUGAAAUUAAGAUCUCUGUCUCCAAUGAAUUCAAAAUAACAAACCAAAAUCGAAGUUCUGCCCUACAGCAAGAAAGAUGUGACCAAAAAAUGUUUUCAAAGGGCUGAGUUGAACACAUUGGCUCUGCAAGUCAGCCCGUUAUAUCAUCAGAAUUUCUUAAAGUUGUCACUUUUGUUGAUGUUCCUUUUUUUUAGAUGCGCCGUUGCCUGUGUGCAACACGUGCCAAGUUUCAAGUGUAUAGAUUUCUAUUACACAGGCAGGCUUUCAUUGUGAACCUUUUGUGUUUCCGAAAAAAAAAGUGUUUUGCUCUGGAUUCUGGUUUCUGAUGCAAUUUUUAAACUCCAUAAUUAGUGACAUGAAAAUGGAUGGGAAAAUUCAGGUCUUCCACCAGUCAAAUGCAAUCUUGUGGUCUUAUGAAGUAUUAUGUGCAGUGUUCUGUAUCAUUCCAUUCCUUCCAUAUUGUAUUGUUCACCUUACAUAAAGAAAGUCCUUAAAGUCUUGUGGUCAAGUAUUGGUGAAGGUUUCUCAAGGUGCAUGACUUUAUAGCACAUGAACUACUGUAUAGGCCAAGCAUUUUAAAUAUCCAAUCCUUGUCCUCACAACAGAAUUCGUUAGCUCUUUUUAUCCUGUAUUGUUUUUUUGUCAUUUCCAUCCACAAACCUUCAGGCUUUCUUUAUUGAAGUGUGACAAUAUGUACUGUAUUGACUUUUAUGCACUUUUGCUUUGAAUGUUUUGAAUUUUAAGUGUUCAUUUACAGUUGAACCAUGAGGUCUCAAAACAAUUUAGAACAAUCCCUUUGUUACAGCUGAAAACCAGACGUCUUGCUCUUCCAUUGUUUUCCUUGCUUUAGCGUGGUUGCGUUUUGUCCUGGUAGCUCCAUAACAGCGCCUGAACUUCCCCCUCGUCAGUCUCCUUGUGCUAAAAGUGGAGAUUCCUUUGAGGAAAAGGCCUUAAUUCUGAGACUAACUCUGUCUACUGCCCAAUGACGAAAACUUCACUUGGCUCUAUUCAGCUCCCAUUUCACUCACUGGACUUCCAAAAUGAAGGCAUCUCCCGAUUUAGAUGUGGUCAGAAACAGAUUCUCUGUAAACCUAUAAUCCUUGUAAGUCUAGGCUAGUACUUUAGAGAAGGAAACAUCCUGUAUUUUGAAUUUACAGGCUGCUGGAGUUUGUCUCAGGAAUUCCCCUUCCAUAUCCUGCAAUGAAGCCUUGGAGAUUUUUCUUUCAAAUUUUUUAUAUUACUUUUUAAACAGUAAAAAAAAAAACAUAGGGGAUUUCAGGUGUCAUUCAUUAAUUAGACACCUGAUGUUCGGUCAACAUGCACUGCCCACGUUGAACAGUCCACACGCUGGGAUGCUAGUGGUACCCCAUGAUGGGUCUUCAUUUUGCCCUUUACAAAGCUCACAAUUCCUAAAAUUCUCCGCACUAAUUAAAAGAAAGACGCCUUGGACUUCACAGAACUCCCUUCCUGGUUGUCUGUGCAUAUGGUGGGCUUAUCCUUCAGGACCACAGGAUAUGACUGAAAGCAUGGAGGGAGGGGACUUCACCUGUGAUCUGCACAAGGACUGACAGCGAGGCUACACUCCGUUUGCCUCAGUCAUUCUGAACACCCCUCGUUCAUCUGAGGUCCCCUUUGUAAACUGCAUGAUAUUGUCGUUGGAGUGUCUUUUUUGUAAAAGUACACGGUCAUUUGAAUGGCCUUCUUCGUUUUUGUACUCAAAAGAAACCACCGUCCUUCUGUAAAUUUUGUAAAGGUGGACGUUGUUGUACAUAUUCCUGAAACUGUUCUUUAGUGUUUAUUUAUUGCUGAAUUAUUUAUUAAUGUAUUUAUUUUCCCAAAAACCCAUCUUCUACAGGGUGGGGUUUUAGUUCGAAAGUUGAUGACUCUUAGGAGUUCACGCUAUUGAGUCAUGGGCUUUGUCUCUUGAUGUGUCUUCGGUAUGUGUGGCAGAGCUCUUAGGGAAUUUUGGAGUUCACUGGCUGUAGUUGUGUCAACAAAGUAGGUUGAAAGGGCACCUUUGGCAAAAGCCUGAGUUUCAUGUCCAUUGAAAUACCCAGCAUGAGGAAGACAAUGUGAAAGCAGGAUGAGGGAGACGUAUUAACCACCCCACAAGGGGCAAAUUUCACAAUGCAAUACUAGAUACUGUAUAAUCCUAAUCCAGUUGUGUCCUGAAAUAACAUCGUGGUUUCACAAAGUGUGAAGUGUAGACGGCAUGAUCAGAAUUAAUCGUUGUGCUCUGUUCUUGAUGUUUCAUAAUCGAUGUGUUACCUUCUGCAUCGCUUUUUAGUUUUAUUUUCUAAUUUCCUUCAUUCCUAAUGCCCUUUUGGUAGCAUGUUAUGCAAUGAGGUGCUAAACCCCCCCCCAAAAAAAAUCUCAAAAGGAUACAAAAUUGGGAUACAGUAUGUCAAGAUCACUUAGUAUUAAUCGCCAGUAUGAUCCAGCAUUUUACAUAAAGCCAACCUACAUCGACUGCGUCAGAUUGAAGUUGUCUUAAAUUAGGAGCAGAAGCGUUUAUGAAGCCCAGUAUAACAUACCUGUUAAUUUAUUCGACAUCAUAUUAGGGUUGAGACUUAGUACAUUAGUACAAUAGCACAUACAGUAUAGGCAUAAGGUCCUACAGUAUGUUUAUUUUUUUCUCACAUUUUCUGUUCUUGCUGCAAUGUUUCGAUCGCCAUCGUUGUCUUAGGCUUAGUAAAAAGAAAUAAGUGUGAAAAUACAGCAGACACUUGAUUAAAACUGAUUGAUUAAACAGGAAGGAAAUGUUCUUGUGUAUGGAAUGUUUUCCCAAACUUCCUGGGAGCUCUGCAACUUUAUUAUUUGAAAAGUUAUAGUGUAUUUAUUAUUCUUAUGUAAAGCAUGUCUUUGUAUGGGCCUGCAUAUGGAAAACAAUGUGACCGUAAAUCCUUUUGUCCGUAAAGGUUCUGUGCAGCCCUUUUAGUUACAAAUGUGUUCAUACUUCACAGGUAUUGGAUGUAUGCGAGAGUGAGUGAGCCUGGUCAAAUGGAAAAGCUAAGGUGAAGAUUUUAGGCCUCUAAUCUCAGGUUGGCCUGUUUGAGAUUUCUGUAUUUUCCCUAAAUGCUUCAAAAUUUUUACUUCACCUGUUGUUUACCUGUUUUUACGCUAGGCUUUCUCCUGUCAUCCCACUUCUUGAAAUCAACCCGGGGAAUAACCCCAUUGCAGGAAGAAAUGCUCCCAGUUCCAAAAAAAUAAAUAAAUAAACCACAAAUGUAACCUUUUUAAAAGAGAUUUUGAACACAAUGCCGGUAUGUGAUAUGUCAGUUUAGUUCUUAUGCCCAAGUCUUUAUGGUGUAGCUUUGCCUUGAUUUCCACCAGUCAAGCUCACACGAGAAUGGGAGCUUGUUAAAUUCUCUUUGCUAUUUGAAAUAUUGUAUCCCCAAAACUCUACAAUAUACAGCAAUAUGGCCCAGCCAAGGGAGUUCAUCAGCUGUUCUCUUGGCACUGUACAGUAUGUCUGCCUAUACUGGAUUUCUUCCAGCUCCUGAAGGGCAAUAAAUAUUAGUCACAGUG